AUGGAAAGUUUAAUAAUCAAAAAUACAAUCUAUUUAUCUAUCUCUUUUCCUUUAUUCAUAUAUAUAUAUCUAUCCCUUUUCCUUCAUAUCUAUCUACCCCUCCAUCCAUUCAUCUAUCUAUCUAUUUAUCUAUCUAUUUUUUCUAUCUAUCUAUCUUUUUUCAAUUAUUCAUAUCUAUCUAUCCCUUUUCUUCAUAUCUAUCUAUCUAUCUAUCCCUUUUCCUUUAUUCAUAUCUAUCUAUCCCUUUUCCUUCAUAUCUAUCUACCCCGUUUGCUUUCUUUCUAUCUAUCUAUCUAUCUAUCUAUCUAUCUAUCUAUCUAUCCCUUUUCCUUUAUUCAUAUCUAUCUAUCUAUCUAUCUAUCUAUCCCUUUAAUAUAUAUAUUUUUUUAUCUAAAUCCUGUUUUUGCUUUAUAUCUAUCUAUCUAUCUAUCUAUCUAUCUAUCUAUUUAUCUAUCUAUCUGA